AUAGGUAGCUUCGGAGGUGCAAGGGCCAAAAAGCCUUCUUUCUACAGCAACCACAAGAACUGUGCAGGGGAUCCACGACCGAGCUCCUAUGGCAUAUUUGUUUCCAAAGCCCCUCGGCUCCACCUGGCUGCUCCUGCCUUCCACAGAGCCUCAGGCCGCAAGGGGACGGGUUACGAAUUUUUUCCCGUACAAACACGCAAGAGGCAGGAAGGGCAAAGUCCUACAGAGGUGUGUGUGGGAGGGUGGAAGCAGGGAUCCGGACGACUCGGCAGGGAGCCGUACUCUUCCUCAUCUUCGCCCGGAAAAGAGGACACACGACGGCUACCGGACCAAACGAAGUACACCCGAGGCUCUCCCCCGCCGCCGGUGCCGCCGCCUCUCCGUUUCCGCCGCGCCGCGGGCACUGCGCAGGCCCGGCGCCGCCACCCUCAUGGAGGAGGAGGAGGAGGAUGAGGGUGGUGGAGGCCGGAGGGUCGUGGGGAGCCCGGCCGCGUCCGCCCGCUUCGUGCGGUGCCUCUACGCGGUGGGAUUCCUGGACUUAUUUGGAGUGAGCAUGGUUGUUCCUUUAAUGAAUCUUCAUAUCAAAUCUCUAGGAGCAAGUCAUACUGUGGCUGGAAUCAUAGGAUCUCUCUAUGGUGUAAUGCAGCUAUUUUCCAGCACAUUUGUGGGCUGCUGGAGUGAUAUAGUAGGAAGACGGUAUUCCCUGCUUGCUUGUAUUCUUCUCAGUGCACUGGGUUACUUCCUCCUUGGAAAUUCCACCACAGUGUUCCUGUUUGCUAUUUCUAGAGUCCCUGUAGGUAUUUUCAAACACACACUUUCCAUCUCUAAAGCCCUGCUGUCUGACCUGGUUUCAGAGAGGGAUCGCCCUUUAGUAAUGGGGCGCUUCAAUGCAGCCUCCAGUGUGGGCUUCAUUCUGGGACCUGUUGUUGGUGGCUACCUUGCAGAGUUCGAAGGUGGCUUUUACCAAACAUCCUUCAUCUGUGCCUCUAUCUUCCUUCUGAAUGGUGGUCUUGUCUGGAUGUUACCCUGGAGUGAAGAAAACACUAGCAGUAGGGGCCAUUACCAAGACAAAGGAACAAACAGUUUCUCAGCAAAAUCAAAUCAUGACCUUCACCUGAAAUCAGCAACUAGUAGAACUGUGACAAACAGUAGUUUUUUUCAGUCUCCAUGGAUCCAAGUUGCAACAGUGCUGAAGAAGAUUAAAGGAAUUGCGUGCUCUAAUUUGUGGGAUGUAUUUUUAGUGCGGUUCCUGAUGUCUGUUGCUAUCCUGCUGUACUAUAGUAAUUUUACUCUGGCCUUGGAGGAGAGAUUUGGGGUGAAACCUUUGUUUGCUGGAUACCUAAUGAGCUAUAGCAGUGCACUUGGAGUCCUGGCUGGUUGUCUGCUCGGACCAAUAACGAGACUCUAUCAUCACAACACUUACAGACUUUUGUUGCACUCCAGCACUUUUACCUGCGUGCUGAUUCUCCUGUAUGCUUCAGCAUUGAGCAUAUGGAUGGUCAUUUUGUCCUCCACGUUCUUGGCCUUCUCCACUACUAUAGGCCGUACCUGUAUCAUUGAUCUGGAACUGACCGUUGGUGGGAACGAGGCCAGCGGUACACUCCUAGGUGUUGGACAGUCAGUGACAUCAGUGGGACGUAUUAUUGCCCCACUCCUUUCUGGAAUUGCUCAGGAGUUCAGUCCUUGUGGCCCUCCAAGUCUAGCUGUGGGACUAGCAUUAGUUGCUAUUGUGAUAAUGAAUGCAAACAAACAAAAAUACUGUAGUCGUGGAAGCGUGAAGUUAAAAGAUCAGUAGUCAAAAUCUUGGAUUGCACAGGUGUAUUUUCAUCUGCCAGGCUUGUACAAUAAUUACAUGAUUUUUAAAGCACAUCAUGUUCCCAUGUUAGCAAGUCUAUAUAUGUAUUUCUGCUGCAGGGAUUUAAGUGUAGACAGAUGUUAUUCUAACAGGUACCACUAGGACAUUUCUAAGAGGGCAGAUGUUACUACAUUGUCCUGGUUGUGAUUUUUUAAAUGGAUUUUUAACCGUUCUGGAGGGGAAAAAAAGAAUGCCAGGAAACGCACAAAUCCUUCGUGUAGCUCAUUUUUGAAACAGUGUUUAGAUUGAAAGAUGGUUAAAAAAGGGUAAUCAAAGGUGAAUUUUUGUUAUUUAAUCAGAGGGAGAAUUUGCGCUAUGUUUGGCCUUAAUUUCUUAUGCUGUGGUCUGUUUCCUUUUGUCUUUUGUGACAGUACUUUAUAUAAUAGGAUGUUUGCUUAUGUGAUUUUUGUGUAGUAUAUUUUGUCCACAAAACUUUCUGCAGACCUUGGUUAGGCACUUUGGGGUAAUCAUGCAACCCCUGCUGAUUCCUGGUCUUUCCCAAGUAACAGAAUUGGGUAUGUGCUAACUUCAUGUACUAGAAGACCUAAUCUGAGAUUAAUACAAGACCAUUCAAACUGAUACUGAGGCUGAAGUUUUUAUCGAAAUUUGAACUGGUGGCUUCUGUUUAGUAAUAGUUUCUACUGAGGAACUAUAUUCCUUUAUUUGUAUUUAUUUGUAUUAUUGUCAUAAUUCCUUUAUUUGUAUUUCCUGUGCAACUUUGUACCCUCAUUUUAAGAAAAAUUUCCUUCUUAAUUCUCUCAAAUGACUGUAAAAAGUGUAAAGGAGCAUCUAGCAGUAGUUCAAGGAUCUGGAUUAAUGCAUCCUGUCUCAUCUCAGGCAUAAAUGACACUUUGGUGACAAGAGAAAUACAGGUUUGUUGGUGUUUUAGUCCUCAUCUGUGUGCAUGGCUUAGCUGAACAGAGUUGUAGCAUUCCUAUGCUAUUUACUGUUCAAGCUCAUUACUUGCCAGUCAGCAUUGUUUGUAUUUCAUAUGAAACAUGGGAAAAGUGUAUUUUGCUCUGAUAAUGUUCUCUAUGAUCUUCAUUAUUACUUGAUGAAGGUACAAAGUCAGCUCUGUGAGUGUUUGGUUGGGGGGGGGAUUUUAUACAAUUUAGUUAUCUCCUGGAACACAUCAGUGCAAACACUCUUCCUGCUUCAGGUGAGUCAUGAAUGGUGCUCACAUUUUUUAUUUUCAUUUUCUUCUUUACCUUUUUCCACUGCCUACUAGCAUUCAAAUAAUUUUUGAAACCUCAGUGAUUCCAGUGGCAGCACCAUAGGAAUUCAUAUAUGGAACUCUGAAUUGUUUUAAUUUUAUUUAUUGACAUAAUCAGUGUCUUAUUCCUACUGUGAUUUCAGUACAUAUCCUCAGAGUUCUUUAUUACAGUAUUAUGUGUUUCAUUUCUCCCUAGGAACUUGAGGCAUUUUCAAGUCUCUUAUCUUCUUUUGACAUCUCUCGGUAGAUGCCCAAAACAUUAUUGCUCUAAAUUUCUUAUUUUCUUUCCUUACAUCUUUUAAGUUGGUUUUUGGGUUUUUUUGGGGUUUGUAUUGUUUUGUUUUGUUUUUUGUUUUUUUGUUUUUUUUUUCUUGACCUAAAACUAUGCUUCUGUAAGUAAGGGAAUUCUGUUUUGCAUCUCUAGCAAGGGGUUAAGGAAAAGGGUUGAAAAAAAAGCUUCAAAAAUUAAUAUAUAUGAGUGAUUUAGUAAUUUUUCCAAUACUUAUUUAUAUGAUGUAACAUAACAUUUACCCUUCUAAAUUGCUGCACUGAUUUAAUCUUUGUGAACAUCUAUCCUAAUACAUACCCUACUGAAUAUUGGUUAUAAAAGCCUCACAGUUGAGAAAUCUGUGGAAGCCUAUGGUCUUGGGGACACAUUGCAACACAUUUUACAGAAGAUUUUUACUUCUUGGAGGACAAAAUGAUUCCUGAAGUGCCACAGAAACAUUUCUUUUCUGUACAGGUACAGAAAAAUUGCACUAUUUUUUUUUCCUUGAGGACUAGAAAUAAAGUGACA